GUCGUGAACGACGUUGCUCUCAGGGCUGGCUGUACUUUUAACCGUUGCAUCUCUCCUUCUCACUUGGGAAGAUACAGGCAGCACCUGCAGUGUGUUAAAGAGCCAUUUGGCUAUGCAGGGAAAGGAAAUCCCACGUUCUAUGUUUUGGAAAGGGUUUAGAGGCUUUUUUACAUCCUGUGCUGUUCUGUAUAGCUCAGUGUGGUUGGCUGAAGGUUGGGAGAGUGCCAGACAGCUUUAGACUCGGGAAUGUUCCUUAGCUGUGUCAAAACGCACAUUACGUGGCUCCUAUCCAGGCGCUUUGACUUUUAGCACAAGUCCUAAGUCUCUCCCUCUUCUCCGUGAGUGACCUUGAAGUAUCUGCUGACAGGAGGUCUGCAUGGCGGUUCAUGAACAAACCAGUUGAACGAUGCCGUCUUCCCCUCUUGCCACCCCUCUAGGAGCUUAUCCUGUGUGGCCCAACUGCAGCGCUCUGCCCGGUGCCAACUUCUGCAGCGCAGGACUGGGAGGAAGCAUGAACCCGGCGGCAGCAGGGAGCCAGUUGCGUGGCAGCGUUCCUCCUCAGCUGGGGGCAGGGAUGCGCCCCCCAGCAGGUGGCAUGGCUCACAGAGCACAAGGAGCAGCCGCCGUGUGUGCUGCUGCCAGCGCCAUCCAGAACUGGCCACCCGGUUAUCCCAGUGUGAACCAAGGGGGAAUGCUGGGCACUGGACCUCCUUACGGACAGGGAACUAACAGCAUGGCUGGUGUGAUCAACCGCCAGGGCCCACCUUGUGCCAUGGGUGGGAACAUGGCUAACGGCUCUGCAGGUAAGGCUGGGCUGAGUGCUGGGCUUUGAAGACUUCACGGCAUGGAAGGAAAAGCAAUGUCACAAAUUCCUGUGACUUCCUAGGGGUGGCAGCAAGUCCUGAGGUGAUGGGUCUGGCGAAUGUCAAAUUAACUCCUGCAAGUAAAAGAAGAAAGAGGGGAGAAGAGACCCAAAAAGCAGAACUCCAGUCAAAGGUAAAACUUCUGUUUGUUUGUUCGUUUGUAAAUGACACAGUGUAUGUAUCUAGUAGUGAGUGCAGCGCCCGAGAGA